UUAUGCAUAUAGGAUGAUGCAAAUUGUAUAUAAGUAGAAGCACCUCGAGCACUUAAGAUAUCAGCUGGUAGUCUCACUUUCUUCUACCUACAACUAUCAUAAAACCUCCCUCACCAUCACCCGAUUUUCUAGAUAUUGUUUUAUUACAGCAUACCUUCAUAACCAUGUCAGAAACACACCCAAAUGGUGACGGACACGAGUUAUCCAACACCACAACUAACACACCAAUAAUCCGUCGGCUUAAAGAGUCUACAUUACCUCUAGUUGAUUACCCUCCUGGUUUUUCGCGCAAGGUGGUGGCAGAAGUGGUGGCUACAUUCUUGUUGGUGUUUGUGACAUGUGGAGCAGCAUCACUUACCACAAGUGAUGACCGAAAGGUGUCACAACUUGGAGCCUCAGUUGCUGGUGGGCUCAUCGUAACUGUUAUGAUCUAUGCUGUUGGACAUAUAUCUGGUGCACACAUGAAUCCAGCCGUGACACUUGCGUUUGCAACCGUUGGUCAUUUCCCUUGGAUUCAGGUCCCUGUAUACGCCGCAGCACAACUGACGGGUUCCAUAUCAGCAUCAUUUGCCCUACGGGUGUUGCUAGACCAGGAAAAACAUUUGGGGACAACAACACCUUCAGGGACAGACCUACAAGCUCUGAUCAUGGAGAUCAUAGUCACUUUUUGUAUGAUGUUUGUCACUUCAGCUGUCGCAACAGAUUCUAAAGCCGUUGGAGAACUAGCAGGUAUAGCAGUUGGAUCAGCAGUAUGCAUUACUUCCAUCUUGGCAGGACCAGUAUCUGGAGGAUCGAUGAACCCAGCGCGCACAAUCGGACCUGCAUUAGCUAGUAACAACUAUAAGGCCAUCUGGGUGUACAUUAUUGGUCCCAUAACAGGGACGAUAUCAGGGGUGUUAUGCUAUAGUUUUAUUCGACACACAGAUAGACCGAUUCAAUCGGUAUCUUCUUUCAAACUUAGAAGGAUGAAGAGCAAUGAUGAAAGUGUUGUAGCGAAAAAUUCUCUUAGCUUCGUGUAAUGAUAUAACUAGUAAAAUGUGAUAUGAUAUAUAUUAAAGAAGUGCUAUCAAACACGUUUUAAUUAUCAGUUGUAAA